AUGCGCACGCUCGGAUUCAUCAUAAUCGAUAACGAAAAGACGAUGGCGCAACGAUUCACUGAGGACGAAGUUCGCAGUGCUGCUCUAUACGUGAAAGGCACUCCACCGGGUCCUUUCGCUAUGCUUCUGGCCAAAAAGGACAUGGUUUUACUUGCCUUUGAGUUGUUCAGACAAUCCUAA